AUGAUCCAGCAUGGCCCCGCUCAAAUAAAUGAUGGCUAUUCAGCUGUCGGCAAGAACAAGAAGCUAUCCAAGCGCGGCGGUGUCCGUAAAAAAGCCGUUGAUCCCUUCACCAGAAAGGAAUGGUACCAAAUCAAGGCACCAACCUUCUUCUCUCAACGUGAUUUGGGACGUACACCCGUUAACCGUUCUCAAGGUUUGAAGAACGCCAACGAUGCACUCAAGGGACGUAUCAUGGAAGCUUCUUUGGCCGAUUUGAACAAGGAUGACGAACAAGCUUUCCGUAAGUUCAAGCUCCGUAUCGAAGAAGUCCAAGGUCGCACAUGUUUGGCCAACUUCUACGGAAUGGACUUCACCCAAGACAAGCUUCGUUCAUUGGUCCGCAAAUGGCAAACAUUGGUUGAAGCCCACCAAGAUGUCCGCACAACUGAAGGUUACCUUUUGCGUAUUUUCGUCAUCGGUUUCACCCGCAGACGUGUCAACCAAGUCAAGAAGACCACAUACGCCAAGAGCUCUCAAGUUCGUGCAAUCCGUCAAAAGAUGUUCGACAUUGUUCAACGUGAAUGCUCAAGCUGUGAUUUGAAAGAGUUGGUUGCUAAAUUGGUUCCAGAGGUUAUGGGCCGUGAAAUUGAAAAGGCAUCUCAAGGUAUCUACCCUCUCAAGGAUGUUUACGUGCGCAAGGUUAAGGUCUUGAAGACACCUAAGCUCGACCUUGGACGUUUGUUGGAAUUGCACGGUGGUGCUGCCGCUGUUGGUGCUGAAGACACUGGUGCACGGGCAAAGGUUUCCGAAUUCAAGGAACCUGAAGCUUUGACAUCUGUUUAAAUUUAAACAAAAUGUCCACCAUCUGAUCUCCUUCUCUUUUAUUGUACAAUGACGAUCAUCAUUCGUCGUCAGCAUACUUGCACCUUACGGCUCAUCAUACUAUCUAUAUAGGUAGGUGUACGUGUUCAAUCAAACACAUGUAUACUCAUCCAUGACGGUCGCGUACCGGAUACAAAACUUCAUACAUUCAUCCAAAAAUGACAUGCAUAUAUUCGCACUGAAAAUCAUUGGUGAGAAAGGUAGAGAAACUGGUCACAUUCAAAGAAGAUGGAAGAAAUUAGCGUAAUAUACAUGCUUUUUAGGAGUGGUAGAAUUCCACAGUCAAUAUGAUUAAAAGUAUGUCGUUUGGUGGGAUGUGAAAGGCCAGGAUU